AGAAAGAAAGAAAGAAAGAAAGAAAGAAAGAAAGAAAGAAAGAGAAAGAAAGAAAGAAAGAAAGAAAGAGCGCGCGUGUGAUGUGUUUGUGUAUCCUCAGUGUUUUUCUCUCUUGCGCGUUUUAUUGAGUGUAAACAGAGUCUUGUCAUUGUGUAUUUAAGUGUUGAGACGUUGAUGAUGAGAUGUGCUGUAAAUCAGUAUGAACUGAUCUGUCCAUGCUGGAUAUAUUGAUGAUUUCAUCACAGAAAUCUCUCAGCUGAAGAAAGAAGUGGCGUUACUGGAGACAAAGCUGAGGUCAAGAUGAGAUUUAGCAGUGAAUCGAGAGGAUGUGGAUUGUUGUGAAUCUUCAGUGUAUGUGACAGUAAACAGAGCUUACAGGAGGAUCAAACCUCCACAGAGUCUCUGGAUUCUGUCUGUAACGCUGGAGAACAGCAGCAGAUCCUGCAGACCAAACUGAAGAUGUGUUCAGUUAAACUCAUCGACUGCACGAACCUCAUGAUGAAGAUUAAAACUGAACCCACAGAAAUCAAAACUGAACCCACAGAAAUCAAAACUGAACCCACAGAAAUCAAAACUGAACCCACAGAAAUCAAAACUGAACCCACAGAAGAGGAAGAUCCCACUGAUGAAGAUGAUGAUUUUAUUCCAUCAGGUGUGAAGAGUGAUUCAUGUUUGGAUAUAGAAAUAACGUCCUCAACAUCAAAAGAGCGACUGACAGCACAAACUCUUUCCUGCAUCACCUGUGGAAAGACAUUCAGCUCACAGAGACAUUUAGAGAGACAUGAGAGAAAACACACAGAACAGAAACUAUAUACCAGAUCUGAGAUCAGCUUUACUACCUUACAAGAGAAGAAACUUCAUUCAGAAGACCACAGAGAGAAGAAGAAGAAGAAGCAGUUUCACUGUGAGCAGUGUGGGAGGAUUUGUGUCUCUUCCUAUAAACUAAAAGUUCACAUGAGGACACACAGUGAUGAAAAGCCUUUCAACUGCACUGAAUGUGGAAAUUACUUCAGAACCAAAGACAAUCUUCAAGUUCAUCAGAGAAUUCAUACAGGAGAAAAACCUUACGAGUGUCCUCACUGUGAGAAGAGAUUUAGGCAUAAAUGUGGUUUGAAGACACAUGUGCUUUUACACACCAAUGAGAGACCGUAUCAGUGCAGUGAAUGUGACAAAACCUUUAGGGAUUCACGUUCAUUAAAAUCACACCAGAUUACUCACAUUAAAGAGAAACUCUAUCAGUGUUUACACUAUGAUAAAUGUUACAGUCAUAAAUAUCAGCUGAUAACCCAUCAGAUAGUUCACACUGUAGAGAAACCUUAUCACUGUAGUGUCUGUGGGAAGAGUUUUAGUCAACAUGAAAGUUUAGUGACACACCUGAGGACUCAUACAGAUAAAAAACUUUUCAGAUGCUCUCAGUGUGACAAGACGUUUAAUUAUUCAUGUAACUUAAAAGUCCAUCAGAGAGUUCAUACUGGAGAGAAACCUUACGUCUGCGCUCACUGUGGAAAGAGCUUCUCUAAUUCAUCUCAUUUAAGAGUCCAUGAGAGAAUUCACACUGGAGAGAAACCUUAUCACUGUAGUGUCUGUGGGAAGAGAUUUAGUCAAGUGUCUGCAUUACUAAAUCACAAGAGUAGACAUACAGGUGAAAAAACUUACAAAUGCUCUCAGUGUAACAUGACAUUUCAAUAUUCAGGUCACUUCAAAGUCCAUCAGAGAGUUCACACGGGUGGGAAACUUAACAUCUGCACUCAUUGUGGAAAGAGCUUCACUAAUUCAUCUAAUUUAAGAAUUCAUCAGAGAGUUCAUACUGGAGAGAAACCUUAUCACUGUAGUGUCUGUGGGAAGAGUUUUAGUCAACGGCCAAACUUGCUUAAGCACCAGAGACUUCAUACAGGUGAAAAACCUUACAAAUGCUCUCAGUGUGACAAGACGUUUGCUCAGUCAGGUUCCUUAAAAACGCAUCAGAGAGUUCAUAUGGGAAAAAAAAACUUAAGGGUGACAGAGAAUGAAAAAUCGUUUUUACCUUGUGUUAAUUGAAUAAACAGUAAUUACCUGCAUUUACGAACAUAGGAAAAGUGCUAGACAAUCUGAACAUCUCCGUUUCAUAGAAAUUCCUACUUUAGAAAUGUCUGCCAAAAAAUGACUCAAUCUGAACAAUGGAUACAUGUUACAUAAAAUGGAUCUCCCUGCUCCCCCACUCUCAUUAAACCCCCCCCCCCCUCAAAAUAAUUUUGUAAAAAAAAAUUCUGUCCUUGUUCUGAAGAUGGUGAAGUUUACAUUCUUUUGAGUGGCAGCAAAGGCAGCCAAUCAGCAUCAAGUGCUUGCAUUUCAU